GCUCAAUACACACACCAUCAAACAACACGCUCGUGAACGUUUGGAAGCGCAUUUAACCAAACAAACCGGCGCAUUUUUGUAUCAACGUUUCUUACACUUUUAUCUACAAAUCUUUAUAAAUUCGAGUCGUCCACACUGCUGGUUAUUACAUUUACUUAAACAACUAUCCAAUAUGGCUGUUGCAAAACCUAAAUCAGAAAUGACUGCAGAAGAGCUGCAGCAACGUGAAGAAGAGGAAUUUAAUACUGGUCCACUCUCUGUGCUGACCAUGUCGGUGCGCAAUAAUACACAAGUGCUCAUCAACUGUAGAAACAAUAAGAAAUUGUUGGGUCGAGUGAAAGCUUUCGAUAGGCAUUGCAACAUGGUGUUGGAAAAUGUGAAGGAGAUUUGGACAGAGUAUCCCAGGGCAGGCAAGGGCAAAAAGAAGUCUAAGCCAGUUAACAAAGAUAGGUUUAUUUCAAAGAUGUUUUUGAGAGGUGAUUCAGUUAUUUUGAUUGUGAGAAAUCCACUUGCUGCACAGAAAUAAGCUGGUGGCACUAUGAUUAUAUGUAACUAACAUUUAAGGAUUGUAUUUUAUUUCAUUUUUAUGGUAUAGCUGUAUAAGCCAGUUAAUUUCAAUGAAUAAAAUUUGGUUUUAUAUUGCAGAACAAA